AUGCAGUGCGUACCAGGCGUCAUUCCGUACGCCAUAGGUAGCCGUUCUUACGAGCGAGCCGCGCAGUUCGCUAAGGAGGUCGGCAUGGCUGGCGACGCCGCGAUUUACGGCAGCUACGCUGACGUCAUUGCGGACCCGUUAGUGGACGCCGUUUACAUCCCGCUGCCGACUGCGCUCCACGUGGAGUGGGUGCACCACCUUGCCAUGCCAGACGAGGAAUCAGGAGAAGCUCCUGCUUCUCCUCGCAAUGGACUUUCUGUGCUCGGGGUUUUCCCCCGCCUGGGCAAAGCUUAUGCCACUCCUGUCAACGAACCUCCUCGCCCCGAAUCACCAGUCCGUUCAGUCAGCAUGGUAUAUGCGUGGGGCGCACCGAGCUCGCCGACUGUCGUGGAGCCACACCCGUCCGUGACUCUUGUGCCUGGUGGUGACGAGGGCCCUUCAAACCGCGGCGAGAGCACUCCGUCAACGGUGAAUAGCGCUCCUGCCAAGCGUCCUCGCACCGGUGGUGUGAAAUACACCCAGCAGCUUCUGUGGGGUGCAAAGCCCCCACGCCAACCACCAAGUCCUCCUCGUGCAGCACCGCUUGUGAAUGCUGAUGAGGAGUUACCCAAAUCGGAUGCUGACGCUGAGUAUGCAAUCAUGAAACACCGUUUUGAUUCUGACUGGGCAUCCCGUUUUCCGUGGCUUCGUUUGCAUCGCACGAAAGCAGGCCGCCCCUCGUUGAAGUGCAACGUCUACAUGCUGCAUGGCGAUCCCUCUGCCAACACGACGUACGGCGUCAAGGGCGAGGGCGGCCGCGAUCUUCAGCUUGGCAGCAUGCGCGCCCAUGUUGCGACUCGGGCGCACAAGGCCGCCUUGAAGGUGGAAGCUGAGGCUGAGGCGCGUCGUGAGCGUCAACUCACUCUGACGCGUUGGCAAGCCACGGACGCAUCAACACGUCACAUAAUCCGCUGUCUGCACAUCGCCAUGUUCAUCUGUAAGGCGGAUGCUCCAAUCGCCAUGUUUGUUCCUCUCUGCUGGUUCCUAGCCAGAGAGGGACUACCCGAUCUUCCGCCCACUGGUGGCUACGGCGCGUACUAUACGGAGAUGCGCCUGACCCAACGCUACCUCCGUGUCCCCGAGGGACACACAUUCGGUCAUGGCGACAAGAUGCAUCUGCCUGCCUUCAUCCGUGCACAUGGGAAGUCGGACCCGGACAAGCGGAAGAUGAAGGUGGAAGGGGUCGAUAGAGAUGGGACCCCAUCCUCUCAUGAGUUCGUGCUCCACGAGCGACCUCUGGCCGAUGAAGACCCAGGCGGUGAAGACCCAGACGGUGACGCGACAGCAGGUGACGCGACAGCAUGCAACGAGCUGUCGACCAAGUUUGUGCGGGAGGUUGUGAAGCAGCUUGAGAAGCGGCUGAGAGAUCUGUCUCACCUCGAUGGCUCGAAGCUCUUUUUGUCAUCGAAGUACCUUCUCGACGAUGACAAGCGUGUCGCGGCGUUCAAGCGCUGGCUGAAGCAGCUCCAUGUGCUCUUCCGCGAGACCCUGCCCGGUUUGUGCCCGUUGAUUCUGUGA